AAGCAUCCCGAGCUUCAGACAGAAACCUGCUCUGAAUACAAAUACCCAAAGGACCAUCAAGAAAUGGGGACCUGGAUUCUGUUUGCCUGCCUUUUGGGAGCAGCCUUUGCUAUGCCCCUACCACCUCAUCCUGGCCACCCUGGUUAUAUCAACUUCAGCUAUGAGGUGCUCACCCCUCUGAAGUGGUACCAGAGCAUGAUAAGGCAGCCGUACACUUCCUAUGGUUACGAACCCAUGGGUGGAUGGCUGCACCACCAAAUCAUUCCCGUGCUGUCCCAGCAGAACCCCCCGAAUCACGCCCUACAGCCUCAUCACCACAUCCCCGUGGUGCCAGCUCAGCAGCCCGUGGCCCCCCAGCAGCCAAUGAUGCCAGUUCCUGGCCAACACUCCAUGACUCCAACCCAACACCACCAGCCAAACCUCCUUCCGCCCGCCCAGCAGCCCUACCAGCCCCAGCCCGUCCAGCCGCAGCCUCACCAGCCCAUCCAGCCCCAGCCACCCGUACACCCCAUCCAGCCCCUGCCACCCCAGCCACCUCUGCCUCCGAUGUUCCCCAUGCAGCCCCUGCCCCCCAUGCUUCCUGACCUGCCUCUGGAAGCUUGGCCAGCAACAGACAAGACCAAGCGGGAAGAAGUGGAUUAAAAGAUCAGAAAAAGAGAAGAUAACUGAA